CUACGGUCGAGCAAAGAGGACGACAAAGAAGUGCGUUCGGUGGCGUUCUUUCCUUUCGGGGUGGCUUCUGAAACCAGGGAACAGCGUUUUCUUUUAGUAGCAAGUGCUGGAGAGAACGGAGUCGAGUUCGCUCGGGGAAGCAGCCGGACGAGCCGCUGAUCCAGCUCCACUCUAACAAGUCGUUCCAAGGCGACAACAGGAAACAGCCGCCGACCGAAGUGAAGUCUUAACUGACGUUUGGGAGUCCACGUGGGAGCCUUGUUCACGGGAGUCAUGUCAGUCGAUUUAAAACCAGGAAUUUCUACCAUGUCAAGCACACGCUCCGAAGGUUGGUCCAGCCGUAGGAGGUCCGACACUCAAAGUCGAACGGAAACAACGUCCGGCACCACGACCAGCAGCGCGUCUGCCGCUUCGUCUGGUGAACCGUCCGGCUUCACGCCCGGAAUUCCGCCCAGCGUUCUCAUGUUUUCGGGCACCGCACCAAAGUCUCAGUCCUGGCCCAUCACGGACAAAUCAAAGACCUCGGAUUUGAAAGAGCGCUUCGAGCCUUCUUCCCGGACCUCCCAGGCCCAUAGUAGGUCACGUGGGCACCCCCUGCAACGACUCCACUCUUUUCCUGGGCGAGGCCGACUGCGUGGAGGGCGUAUGCCGCUGCCAUGGCACUGGGUGUCGCGUAGUGAACGACGUCUGCGUCUAUUCCACCACGCCGGCGACGAAGGAGGAGGAGCCUACCGUCUUCCAGGGGUUCAAGCGCGAAGACCCUCCCAUCGACGGUGCGGUUCUCGUUCGUGCGUACCGUACGUCUAGGCACCACUCUGUCUAAUAAUACCAAGGCUGUGGCUGCGUCCGUGAUCACAGGAGACGGCGUCGGACUGCACCUCGGAGACGGACGCGAGUGCCCGAAACGGGGAGCACUCGCGUGUGGCACCAUGGCGCCGAAUGCCACUGCCCAAUGGGAUGAGGAGGAAGCGGUGCAGAAGCGGGAAGCCCAAGCGGAAUAGACAUUUGCUCGGGACAGUUCAAUUCGGCAAAUUUUAACGCGCGCGAAUUUGUGACCGCCAAAAUGUUGUAGAAUUUAAGUUGUAUAGCAUAUUUGUAAGUUUUUCGCUUUUAUUUUUUUGUAACUGGAUCAAAGAUCUGUUUCUGUCGCAGGUCUUGAUUCAGUUUCUGUCGCAGGUCUCGAAAUAAAGAUUAAUUUUGUCGAAAU